AUGGCAAGUGCAGACGUUCAGCAGCCGCCUGCGCAGGAAGCCGCACCCGCACUGCCUGAUUACCUUACAAAUCCCGAUGCUGUCCUUGGAGAUAAAGAUGCCAAGUGGCGAUACGGCAGAGCCCCAGAUUACUCAAAAACAAGAAAGGUUUUUGCUGAGACAAAGCAAAUGACGCACGAAGCCGGAUCACUUCCGGAGCUCGUACAAAACCUCGUCAAGAACUGGGAAGUCGAAGCAUCCUUCAAGCCUAGCAUUGACGACUGGCGUACAAUCGAUCGUGAGAAUUACUCAUUUGCCAUCAAUGGCGGCAAGCCUGAAGGUGCGGAAGCCAUGCUCAAGGUCGGCACAUACAAUGCUAUCAUCGCGCCAAACGAAUACUACUCGCCCGACUACUCUGAUUUUGCUUCGUCGCACAAGACGUUCAAGCGCAUGAUGCCUACAUUCGCGUGGGAAGUACUAGAAGUCUACAGCGGUCCACCGACAGUGAGCUUCCGGUGGCGACACUGGGGCCAAAUGAAGAACGACUACGUCGGCUUCAACAACAAGGGGGAGAAGGUCACAGCCAAAGCACAUGGAGGUUCUAUCGAUAUUCAGGGUGUUACUGUCGCCACUGUCAACGAGAAAGUGCAACUACAGGCCGUUCGCACUUGGUUUGAUCCCAUGGAUAUGUUCAGACAGAUCGCACCCGACGGUGUAGUGAAGAAGGAGGAGAAGCCCAAGAACAUGUCACCAGGAGAAGCUCUUGACGAAGCUCAGGCUGGUGUCAAGGCGCCUGAGGAGCAGGAGCUGCCUGAUGAGUUCAUUCAGUCUAAGGAGGAAGUCGAGCAGACCAUUGCCGCUCUCGAUAAAAUGACAACUGAAGAAAAGAUGUCAGGUUUACAGAGUAUGCCUGCUGGCCACCCCGAAGUGUCGACGUCUUCUAGCACUGAGGGUGCGUGCCCUUUCAUGUCUGGAGGUUCCCGCUGA